AUGGUUGCUAUCAAGGUUGCUGCUGCUGGCCUCCUCAUCGGAGCUGCCACCGCUUCUCCCUACUACGCCCCUCCCUCCAACGGCACUCACUACACCACCGAGGUUGUCACCGCCAUCACAACCUACUGCCCUGGUGCUACCACUCUCACCUACGGUGACAAGACCUACACCGUCACCUCUGAGACUACCUUGACCAUCACCGACUGCCCCUGCACAGUCAGCUACCCCGUCAAGCCCACCAAGCCCGUUGUCCCUCACCCCGUCUACACCACUGAGGUCAUCACCGCCGUGACUACCUACUGCCCUGAGCCCACCACUCUGACCUACGGCAACAAGACCGUCACUGUCACCGCUCCCGGCACCGUCACUGUCACCGACUGCCACUUCACCACCACCCACCCUGCUUCCGAGCACCCUUACCCUCAGCCCACUCCCGGCAAGCCCGGUAAGCCCGGCUACACUGCUCCCGUUGUCCCCGGCAAGCCUACCACCGCUGCCCCCGUCCCCGUCCCUACUGGUACCGCUACCUACCCCGUCCCCGAGGGCACCAACCCUGCCGUUGUCACCGCUGCUGCCGGUCGCAUUGCCCCCGCCGGCGUCCUCGCCGUCCUCGGUGCUAUUGCUCUCUUCUAA